GUCACCAUCCUGGCCUGUAUAUAAAGGUCACAUACAUCUCCAUCAGAAGCCGGUCUGUUCAUAUGGAUCCCAAGGUCGCUGUUGCUCUCACCCUGUCUCUCGUAGGCGGCUUAAGCACCUCCCUCGGUGCACUACUGGCAAUACUAAAUCAUGCACCAAACAACAGAACACUCGGGAUACUACAGGGAUUUGCUACUGGGCUCAUGUUGAGCAUGUCCUUCUUUGACCUGGCCUAUGAUGCUGUUAAUGCAAUUGGUUUUCUGAAAGGCAACCUUUGGUUUUUUGCUGGAGCACUUCUAUUUUCAGCAAUUGCCGAUAUUUUCCCUGAGCCAGAAUGCAGCCCGCCUGAUGAAAAUGACAAAGAAACUGUUAACAGUACAGCACGGAAGGAACUUAUGAUGAGACACCGAAGAAGAGUCAUCUUUAGUGUAAUUGUCACCGCAGUUGUUGCUGGUGUGAGUUUGCAAAACUUCCCGGUGGGUACUGCAGCGUUUCUCGGAACCGCAAAGGGAUUUCGUGUUGGCCUUAACUUGGUUAUUGCUAUAGCUCUACACUACAUCCCGGAGGGUAUUGCUGUAGCUCUCCCUGCAUAUUUUGCCACUUGCAGCAAAUGGCAGGCGUUCAAACUAGCAACACUUGCUGGUUUUGCAGAGCCAAUAGGUGUAAUUAUCGUGGCAUAUCUAUUUCCGAGCAACUUAAAUCCAGAAAUAUUGGAAGGUCUACUUGGAUUAGUGGGAGGAGUAAUGGCAUUUCUGACACUGUAUGAGAUGCUGCCAUUAGCAAUUGAAUACGCUGGACGCAAGGAUGCUGUGAAAGCUGUAUUCGUUGGCAUGGCUUUUAUGUCCAUGAGCUUGUACUUCCUGGAAGUUAGUCUUCCAAAGGAGAUGAGCGCUUAAAAUUUCAGUCUAACCGAAUAAGUGAUAUGGGCAAAUGCAUCAUGUACUUGCAACAAGGUGCUGAUUGGAAGGAGGUGUAUACAAUUACAUUCAAUGAUAUGUUUUUCUCCAAUCUAUUACAAUGGCCUUCAAAUCUGGGCCCUCAACGAUGACCCCCCAGUUGCAGGGCUACCGUAGCUGCA